AAACUGUACCGGAAAUAAAUGACAUCCUUCUCAUUUUUCUAUUGGUAAUAUUUGGUGAAUUAUCGUUGAGUUCCUAUCUCAGCCUUUCUUAGCAUCUGCUGCACUAAAAAAUCAACAUGUUCAAAGUAUUUACCACCUUCAUCGUUUCACUGUCCUUUCUGACAGAGGAGGUUUUCUCCUCCUCUCUCCUCAUCCACCAGACUCCUCAACACCUCCUGAGGAGGACACCUGAACACAGAGAGGCUCACCUGGACUGUUACCACGGCGACAACAACUACCCCUACAUGUUGUGGUACCAACAGAAGGACAAGGGAGGCCAGAAGACCAUGGACCUCAUCGGAACGCUACACUAUGUAAACCCUGCUCUCGAGAAGAACUAUGAGACGCGGUUCAACUUAACAGGUCAUUCCAAGGCCAAAGCCACCCUGGUUAUCUCUGACAUAAACCCUACAGACAGUGCAAUCUAUUACUGCGCAGCCAGUCAGCACGGUGCUGAAAAUUCAGUGCCUUAUGCUGUCUCUCUGUGGAACACGGAUAAGGCAGAGUUUGGUCCAGGAACCAGACUCACUGUUCUAGACCCAAACAUCACUGUCACUGAACCCACAGUGAAAGUCCUUCCACCCUCCACGAAGGAGUGUGAGGCUAGAAACAAGAAGAAGAAGAAGACUCUGGUGUGUGUGGCCACCGAAUUCUACCCCGACCAUGUCACUGUGUCCUGGCAGUUUAAUGGAGGCGCCAUCACUGAUGGAGUGGGGACCGACAACAAGGCCUUGAGGGAUAAAGGUGGGAUAUUCUACAGUAUCACCAGCAGACUGAGAGUCCCAGCCAAGGACUGGAACAAGCCCUCCAACAAAUUCACCUGCAUCGUCGAGUUCUUCAAUGGGACCGUUUACAUAGAGAAGACAGAUCACAUUAACGGAGAAGAAGGUCCAGGUGGUGAGGGUGGGAUGACUGCAGAGUACUACGUGAACAGCACCCUGAUUGCCAAGCUGGCCUACAGCGUCUUCAUCGCUAAGAGUACCUUCUAUGGACUGGUCGUCAUGGUUCUGAUUUGGAAGCUUCAGCUCUCCUCAGAUAAACAGAUGUAAUUGAUCGCUGACCGAGACCCAGCCACCCGUGGAAGCUGAGCUCAGUGGACUGGAGGUCGUCAUGUGUGCGCAUAAGGCUCUGGUGAAAAGUAGUGCACUAUAUAGGGAAUAGGGUACCAUUCUCUGGUCUAAAGUAGUGCACUAUAUAGGGA